AUGAUCAUCUACAUCGCAGGUUUGCAUAUCUCCAUUUCCCAGACUCAGGCUCUCAAUGCGGCCGGCUGGGCGUCCAUUAUCUAUUGGUUCAAUCGGUGCCUCCCAAGCGCACACCAGCGGGCUCAAAUUGAGAAGGAGGCGGGAGCGAUCAAGGCGAUGCCUCCUGGCAAGCAAGGCCAAAGUAUUUCAGUCAUUCAUGGCUUGGGAUUGUUUGUCCCUAUUGCUGCAUUUGUAUUCACGUUGCCUUUUACGGGAUUCCGUGUCCCGGGAUGGCUGUCCAAGACUAGUUUGCCUCCUAUCGAGAGCAACAAGCUAUACAUUGGCUUGAGGCUCGGUGCAUGUGCUGCAACGUUCGUGGGUGUGUAUGGAGCCAGGCUUACAUUUAAGCAUCUUGGUUCGCAGUGGGGAGCUAUCGGGGUUCGUGAGCGGCCCAAGAUUGUGAAGACUGGGCCAUAUGCUCUCGUCCGUCACCCAGGAUACUUCCUUGCCAUGUCUGAACAAUUGAUUCUUAUUCCCAUGUUCUGGAACUGGGUUUUUGCACCUGCCCUUGUUCUUACUUCGAUUGCCUUCGCAAUCAAAAUGCCAAUGGAGGAGAAGGUGAUCGAAGAGAAUGCAGAGAUCGGUGAGGCGUACAGACAGUACAAAAAAGAAGUUCCUUAUCGUAUCAUCCCUUAUGUUUGGUGA